CUCCACUUCCUCAAACUUCUGUGUCACACUGUCCAGCCACUCAUUUCACACAUCUAACCCCCCGAGCAGGAAACGAAACCAGUCAGACAAUCAGUCGUGCACCGGUGUGUGUGCGUGUGUUGCAGCAGGAGGCCCGGUGGAGCCGUGGACUCAUGGCAGGUUUGAGGAGCGGAUCUGGAGCGACUACUAGAGCCCGACAGAGAGGUCACCGUGCAGCCGGGACGCUGCCCACGCUGCUGCCGCUGCUGCUGCUCACCUGCUGCGUCAGGUGUUCCGCCGCCGCCGCCGCCGCCGCCGCCGCCAAACCGAGCAACAUCAUCCUCAUCCUCGCCGACGACCAGGAUGUUCUUCUGGGGGGGAUGACCCCCAUGAAGAAAACUAAAGCCUUAAUAGGAGACGCAGGAGCAACAUUUGUUAACGCUUUUACAGUCACGCCGCUGUGCUGCCCCAGCAGGAGCAGCAUUUUGACGGGUCAGUACCCCCACAACCACGAGGUGAGGAACAACUCGCUGUCGGGGAACUGCUCCAGCCUUCAGUGGCAGAAAGGCCCCGAGUCCACCGCCUUCCCGCGCUACCUCUACAAACAGAAGUACCAGACCUUCUUCGCUGGCAAAUAUCUCAACCAGUACGGGAAGAAAGACGGAGACGUCGGCUAUGUUCCACCUGGCUGGGACCAGUGGCAUGCACUGGUGGGGAACUCGCAGUACUACAACUACACGCUCUCCGUCAACGGCAAAGAAGAAAAGCACGGAGACAGUUAUGAGAAGGACUACUUCACAGACCUCAUAACGAACCGGUCCCUCCGCUUCCUGGAUGACAGGAGCCCCCAGCAUCCGUUCUUCCUGAUGCUGUCCCCUCCAGCUCCUCACUCGCCCUGGACGGCCGCCCCGCAGUACCAGAAAGAGUUUGCCGACGUCAAAGCCCCUCGAGACGGCAGCUUUGACAAAUUGGGCAAGGACAAACACUGGCUGCUGCGUCAACCGGUCAACCCGAUGCCAGACAGCUCCCUCACCUUCCUGGAUAGUGCGUACAGGAAAAGGUGGCAGACUCUGUUAUCUGUGGACGACAUGGUGGAGCUGCUGGUCAAGAAACUAGAAAGCAUCAAGGAGCUGGACAACACGUACAUCUUCUACACCUCCGACAACGGCUACCACACAGGUCAGUUCUCUCUGCCCAUUGAUAAGCGGCAGUUGUAUGAAUUUGACAUCCGGGUCCCGCUCAUGGUCCGCGGGCCGGGCAUCAAACCGAACCAGACACUGCAGGCUCCGGUGUUGAACAUCGACCUGGCUCCGACCCUCCUGGACAUAUCUGGCGUCAACCUGUCUUCUGUGAACGUGGACGGGCAGUCCUUCCUCUCUCAGAUGGCUCCGUCGCUGCGUAACGGCACCGUACGCCCCGUCUUCCUUGUUGAAUACACCGGAGAGGGACAUCCAACGACAGAUCCCGCGUGUCCCAAACUGGGUCCUGGACUCUCGCAAUGUUUCCCAGACUGCGUGUGUGAAGACGCCUUCAACAACACGUACGCCUGCGUCAGGACCCUCAACAAAGACCACGACCUACAAUACUGCGAGUUUGCGGACACCGAGUCGUUUGUGGAGGUGUACAACCUGGUGUCGGACCCCCACCAGCUGGAGAACGUCUGGAAGAAGAUGGACCCGACGUUCCUGCAGGCGAUGAACCAGCAGCUCAUAAAGCUGCAGUCCUGUCAGGGCGACAGCUGCCGCGACAUCAAGUAAAGAAGAGGCGCCGCGCUGCAGGAAGCCGCCAAACACGCACUCUGUGGAAGACGGGGUCGGUUUAUCUGACCCGUUUACCACAAGUAUGAUCGUUGGCGCGGCCGUUUUCAUAAACAUGUUUUUUUUACAUUUUGACUCGUCUCGGGAAGGAAAAGCACAGGUGUAAACAAUCGCAUGAGUGAUGAUGGCUGGAUUCUAUUCAGCUGCUUCAGUUUCAGGGUCCUGGCGUUGUGCAUGCUGGCUCACUGUCACACUGCCAUGGUUUACACUGGGACACUUGAAUAGAACGGAGCCAUUGUGAAAGGAUGCUUUAGCAUUCUGGGAAAAUACGCUUAUUCGCUUUCCUGCUGUGAGUCCUUGCAUACACACAGUCCGACAUUUUCACACGGCAAAAACAAAUUCAAAGAAUGGCAAGAGACUUAGUUUAUUUUUUUUUAACCCUUGUGUUGUCCUCGGGUCCAAUUUGACCCGUUUUCCAAGUUUUCUUUAUAUCAGAAAUAUGGGUUUCUUUCAUCCAAAUUGCCCAAAAUAUAACUUAAUACAGUAUGUGCGUUGUAUGGAAGCCAUACAACGUUCUUUGCAGGUAAAAUGAAUAAUUAAUUCCAUUGAAUUUUGGUUGUUUCAUUCAGUUUUAUAGCAUUUUAAAACAGUAUCCAGACUAAACUUUAACAUAUUCCAGUCUCUGAUUGUCCACUCAACAUCCUCUGACUUUAACUAUUAGUCUAAAUAAUUCAUAAUCUCUGCUUUUUUUUUACAAAACAAUUAGGUAUAAUGUAAUUUUAAAUUAGUUUGUUGACCAUGAAUGAAAAAAAGUGAUAGAAAUAUAAAAAAACAGUGUCAAAAGCAUACUAAAACAUUGGUAGAAGCACAAAAUAAAAAUCAUUUUCAAUUUAGACCCAACAGGAGGGAUCAAUACGACAUCACGUUGUGUCAACGAUGCUGCCUCCAAAACUUUUGUACCUUAUAUUUACAUUAUUAAAUCGGAUCAGGUUAAAUUUUCUGCUUUUUUUUCUCAUCUGUAGGAAGCAUUUUUUAAGGUGUUGUGACAUUUUUAGAGAUCCUUCAGGCUCAAUCUGUUCGUGGAAAUUGUUCUUCUUUUUUAAUAUAUGUCUUCAGUAUCGCUAGUAAAACAUCUGCUUGGAUGGAGCCAAUAUUUCCUCCUUUCUUUUUCUCUUUUCAAAAAGAGAGAGAGAACAACUAAAUCAUCCUCACUGCUUGAAGACAUUUUAACUCUAGCUUGUAUUUUUUUUUAGAAAGCACCUUUCAUACAAGCAUGCAGCUUAAAGUAAUACACAGAACAUCAUGACAAAAUUUAAACAGAUGAGGGAAAAAAAGUAAGACUUAAAACUACAACUAUAAGACAAUAACAUGUAGAUGGAAUAAAAUAAACACCAGGCUUAAAAAACACUUAUAAAAUAAUAUGAUAACAUUACUCCAAAUUAAAAGCCAGAUGUUGUAUUUUUUAUUGACCUUUUUUGCGACUGAUUAAUUAACACGCAUCGGACUAAGUGUGCAAGGUUUCUGUUCCCAGUGAAAACUGUGCAUACAGAAAAAUGUAGGGACCUUUUUUUAGAGAUGUCGGAGCUAAAUAUGAAAAGUACAGCCAGCAGCUGGUUAGCUUUAGCUUAGCUUAGCUUAGCAUAAAGACUGGGAACAGCUAGCCUGGCUCUGUGCAGCAGUAACAAAACACGUCCAUCACUGAUUAACAUGUUAUAUCUUCAAUUCGUAACAAACACGGAAGUGUACACAGGUUUUGUCCCGGACUAUUUCUUGGUGUGUAAAGAAGAACUAAUCCUCUUAGUAAUAUAAAUAGUAGUUGUACUUUUAUACGUCUUUGUGCAGAACGUCCACCAGGAAGCAAAUAAGCGUAAUGUCAAACUUUUCCUUUAAUGUUCUCACUAACACCCGUGCUUUUCUUACGACGACGAGUCAAAAUGUCCGCUGUGAAAAAAGGUCCGUUUUUCUAACUGAGCUGUGCUCGUUUCUCUCUCAUUAUAUCCAGAUAAACUUCUCGUCCAGUUUAUUUUGUGCAGAUGUCUCGCUCUGCAUGUAAACUGCACUAUAAACUUACGAUACACGACCAAAGUUUUGCACGUACGCUGUAGCUGUCACUGAUCUAAUCAUCGUUAAAGGAAGAGUUCCACAUUUUAGGAACUGCACUUUUUGGACAGUUAUCUAAGAAGAUUGAUGCUCUCGUGUCUGUCCGUUCUCUAUAAAGCAUUAUAGAUAUUUUCCUAAUAUCGUGCAGCCCUACUUCUGUCUACACAUUCAGCGUACAGACACAAGAGUAUUCAUCUUCUCGUCUAACUGUCGGCAAGAUUUUCCUAAAAUGUCGAACAAUCUCUUUAAGCUGAACCUUUUGUAGAGUACAGCUCUGGUCUCCAAAAUAUUGUUGAUCUUUCUUUUAUCCCUGCAGAACUUUACAUGAAAGAAGUUGAGAGUAAAAGUCCGAUGUGUCCAAAUGUUGCUCGAACUUUGUGCCUCAGAUUUUACUAAAUUGAUUUUUUUUUUCUGUUUAUUACAAUAUUUUA